CCCAAGCAUAGAGCGAGAGAGAGCCAUCACAAUCCAAUACAAGUUCACAACAUAAGCAUAGUACAGGUCAUUGAGACUUGAGAGAGCAUGGCAGGGAACAAAAAGCGUGGUGGCAGGAACAUGGAUCAGGUCAAGAAGGCGGCAGUGAGAUCGGAUGGGGUGGGAGGUAGUGCGACCAACGCCGAGCUGCCGAUGGCCAACCUCGUACGCCUGAUAAAGAAGGUGCUCCCAGGGAAAGCGAAGAUCGGGGGAGCAGCCAAGGGUCUCACCCAUGAUUGCGCGGUGGAGUUCGUCGGGUUCGUCGGCGACGAGGCCUCCGAGAAGGCCAAGGCAGAGCACCGCCGCACCGUAGCGCCGGAAGACUACUUGGGCUCAUUCGGCGACCUUGGCUUCGAUCGCUACGUCGACCCCAUGGAUGCCUACAUCCAUGGUUACCGUGAGUUUGAGAGGGCUGGUGGGAAUAGGAGGGUGGCGCCGCCUCCUCCGGCGGCAGCUACACCGCUGACGCCCGGUGGACCGACAUUCACUGACGCAGAGCUGCAGUUUCUCCGGUCGGUGAUCCCCUCCAGAAGUGAUGAUGAAUAUAGCGGCUCAUCACCAGCCAUAGGCGGCUAUGGCUAUGGAUAUGGCUAUGGAAAAAAUAUGUGAACAACUUGAUGCAUGUGUGUGUGUACACUGCAUGCAUGCGUGGAGGGUCAAACAGAGUCAAGACUCUUGUGGUGGUUUCAAUAAGUCUCUAGUGACAAUAUAAGUUGUGUAUCGUUGUUUCCUUUGUAAAAAAAAACGUCAUGUAUCGUUGUGUGUCCUCAUCCGGUAAUCCUUUACGUGGGUGGGUUAUGCGAGAAAAAGAAAAUGACGUUGCAUCAAAUAAAAUGCUUGAUGUUUGCGUA